AUGAAAUUUCGCGCUAUUAUGACGGAUAAAGUUCACAUACGUGAACUGCUUAACAUAGUAACGACAUUAUCGCGUAUUAAUCGAAAUAUAAUCAUAAACGUUCAACCGUCAAAACUUGUUCUUCAAAUCGAAACGGAUGCAGAAACCGGCCAAUGCCUUUGGGGUGAGAUCGACGCAGCGGAACGAGAAGGUUUCUUCAGCGAAUAUGUCAUGGAUGGAAUCGACGAUCAGUAUAAUCAAAUCUACCUGACAGUCGGGGCCACUAACCUGGUUCGUGCGCUUUCUUGGCACCACUCAAUCGACUACUUGAAACUGAAACUCGAGAAAACGGACAUGGUCUACCUUGCGGUGGAAUUGACCGGUGUUUUGCACAACGUAGAAGUUUUCAUGUGUCCCAAGGUUAACCAUCAAAUCCCUGUGACGGUGGUACCGCGCAGCGAGUGGAAACACUUCAAUCUACCCCAGACGGUGAAGUACGACCUGACCACCACGCUACCGUCGCUGAAAUCGUUGCGAGCCUUGAUGGAGAAGAAAAAACAUCUCUCGCCAGCGGUCACCGUGUAUGCCACCGAUGCCGGCGAGCUUUCGUUGGUGGUAGAAACGGACAUCGUAACCGUGGGCAGUCACUACAAGGGACUGCAGAGCUCCUGGUGUGCCGGCCAUCCGCCGAGCGGAAACGGAGACUCAUCACCACCACUGACCGAUGCCGCCUGUCGGGUGGAUUCGAAGAAACUAUCCACCAUUCUGGAGAGCAUCAACUGUUGCGACCUCAAGAUGGUAGCCAACAUCAAGCACGAACGUUUGCUUAACAUAAGGUUCGAAAUUAAGCAUAAUGUUUUUAUGAGUUUUAUUCUGCCGGCGGUUGGUUUUGAUUGA